CCACCCACUAGGAUCCAGGAAGCCCUUCCUUCCCACCUCGCCCGCCAGCUGCGCUCCGGCAGCCCAGGACUGUUCUGGAGAGGUUAGCUCAGGGCGCUUUGUCAGCCCCGGAGGCCUUGGCAACCUGUCCUGGAGACUCGUGACUGAAUGCAUUGGUUGCAGCCUCCUGAAUCCAUCCCGAGCCCUGAGUGGGUCCUGCCCUUUGACUCUCCGUGGAGCGGAGAAGCGAGCAGAGAAGCCGGAGGGUGCCAUGAUGCCCGGAGGCUUGCGCAGACAAUACUGGGAGGUGAACUUGGCCUCUGGAGGGAUGCCCGUCCCAGGACUUGGCGCUGCCUUUGUCGCUUGUCCCAAGUGAAGAAGCCACCUCUGAUCAACCACCAUGCAGCAAGGCCCUGGCUGCUCCGGCAGGCUUUGAGCCAUCUGGGUAGCGCAUAUAUUGACACUGUUGUCUCACAAGAUAUGAACACAAAAUCACCGGUUUGAGGCUCAGUCUAGGCUCAUAGACUAGCAGGGCCUCUGCGGAAGGGCUCGGUAACUGGUGGGUUCUGUGAGGAUCUUGAACCACCUUCUUGGAAGCUAGUGCCCACAUCAGAUGUCUCCUCUGAAGCAGCUGCAGCAGUAGUGCCCAUGGAUGUGCCUUCCUGAGGACUCUGUGAAUUUCAACAUAACCCAGCAGUAGAGCUCCCAAGAAAGGCCUUCCCUAGGAACUUUAACUUAUAUCUAAGAAAAAGGAUAAAGUCACAGUUGAGAGAAGAAGUUUUCAGUACUCCAGUAGAAUGGGAAUCUUAAAUAAAAAAAUGUUAAUUCCUCCUAUCUUAUAUCACAAUUUUGCCUCACAUCUGCUUCUGGAAAACUCAAUCAGCAACAGUUGGCACCAGGAGUGAUCUGAGAAAGGAGGCAAUAAGAUAGUGUUUUGGAACCAAAUCACUCACCGCUCAACUUCCUGUGAAGAUUGCUGGUGGCAAGAGGACUAUGCCACCUCGGCCACCGUCUCAGCUGCAACGGCGGCAGCUACCGUUGAAUGAGGACGCGUGCUCAGCUGAAUCCUUUGCGGACCGCACCAUGGCUGGUAGGUGGCACCUUGUAAAAGUCUAUUACCUGAACGAAGAGCAGAAAUGGGACGAUCUAGGCAUGGGCCAUGUCUCUUCCACCUAUGUGGAACAACUCCAGGGCAUGGCUCUGCUAGUCCAGUCAGAGUCCAAUGGUUCAGUGAUCUUGGAGUCAAAAAUAAAUCCAAACACAUCCUAUCAGAAACAGCAAGGGACGCUGAUUAUUUGGUCUGAUGCCAAGAACCCUGGUUUGGCAUUAAGUUUCCAGGAAGCAGCUAGUUGCCGUGAGAUCUGGGAGGACAUUUGCCGAAUUCAAGGUAAAGAUCCUUGCCACGAAAUCACACGAGACCUCUUAGAGCAAUUAGAAGAAGAGCGUUUUGGUCAAAUGCCAGAACCUGGUAUAAUGAUUGAGCUGCCUAACUGUGAGCCCAGUAAACUUCAACAGAUUGCUAAUUUGGUUACCUCAGUUCUCCCCUCACCUAUCAGUAAGGAAAGGCUGGCUCUGAUCUUAGAAAAUGAGAACUAUAUUCAACAACUACUGCAGCUCUUCCCUGUCUGUGAGAACCUAAAGGACAUUGAGGGCUUACACCAUUUGCACAAAAUUAUUAAGGGAAUCUUAUUUCUCAACAAGUUAUCUCUGUUUGAGAUCCUGUUUUCUGAUGAGUGCAUUAUGGAUGUGGUUGGAUGCCUAGAAUAUGAUCCUGUUUUGGAUCAGCCAAAAAAACACAGGGAUUUCUUGACCCAUAAUGCAAAGUUCAAGGAGGUUGUGCCUAUAACAGACUGUGAGCUUAGGCAAAAAAUACAUCAGACUUACAGAGCCCAGUACAUUUACGACAUAUUAUUGCCUACGCCAUCCAUAUUUGAGGAGAGUUUUCUUUCUACUCUUUCCACUUUCAUUUUUUUCAACAAAGUUGAGAUAGUCACCAUGCUGCAGGAAGAUGAAAAUUUCUUGUCUGAAAUCUUUUCACAGUUAAGUGAUAAGACUAUCGAUGAUAAUAAAAGGUGUGAGUUGGUGCUUUUUUGCAAGGAGUUCUGUUCAUUUUCUAAGACAUUACAACCUCGAAAUAAGGAUGCACUCUUCCGAACCAUGACAAAAUUGGGAAUUCUUCCAGCUCUUAAAAUUGUAAUGCAGCUGAAUGAUUUGCAAGUAAGGUCAGCUGCUACUGAUAUAUUUACUUAUAUGGUGGAGUAUAAUCCAUCCAUGGUUCGAACUUUUGUGAUGGAAGAAACCCAGCAACUUGAAAAUGGUGAUCUUUUCAUUAAUAUAAUAAUUGAGCAGAUUAUUGGUGAUACUGAUCCCGAGCUAGGUGGUGCUCUUCAUUUAGUAGGACUUCUUCGUUUACUACUUGAUCCAGACAACAUGUCAUUUGCAUUUAGUAAAUGUGAAAGAAGUGAAUUUCUGAAUUUCUUCUAUAAGCAUUGUAUGCAUAACUUCAUAGCACCACUUAUGACCAUCACUUCGGAAGAUAGAUUUGAAGAUGACGAUAUACUUGAAUCUGACAAAAAUUGCCUGAAUAAUUAUCAAACAGCGCAACUUCUUACCUUAAUUUUAGAACUACUCACAUUUUGUGUUCAACGUCAUACACAUUACAUUAAAAACUACAUUCUGAGUAAGGACUUGCUAAGAAGAGUCUUGAUUGUGAUGAAGUCAAAACACACUUUUCUGACCUUGUGUGCUAUUCGCAUGAUGAGAAGGAUGAUUGGCCUUAAAGAUGAACUUUUUAACCGUUAUAUCAUCAAGGGUAAUCUUUUUGAACCAGUAGUAAAUGCUUUUCUGAAUAAUGGGACUCGGUACAAUAUGCUGAAUUCAGCUGUUAUUGAGAUGUUUGAAUACAUCCGAGUGGAAAAUAUCAAGUCUCUUGUUACACACAUAAUCGAAAAGUUUUAUGAAACACUUGAAUCAAUAGAAUAUGUUCAGACCUUCAAAGGAUUGAAGAUGAACUAUGAACAAGAAAAAGAGCGACAAAUUCGAAUACGGAAUAAUUUACAUACUAUCCUGUUUAGUAAAAUAUUCCGCAGAGUUGCCAAAGUCUUGGAUAAGAAAGAAGAAAUGUGUUUUGAAGAAAAUACAGAGGAAGAAAAAGCAGUUGUGCCACCUUUGGGGAGUGAUUUUCAAGAUCAUUAUGAUAAAUUUAUUGCUGUUACUUUAGAAGAAAACAAAGCGACUGCAGAGCCACCUGAAAGAACAUCUUCUGGUGCCUUCAAAUAUACUACGUCCUCUUCGGCUGGUGCUGGUAAUGGGGCAGAUAACCCACAAUGUAGUAGUGUGGUUCCCUUAGUAGAUUAUCCAGAUGAUGAAGAUGAAGAAAAGGAAGAAGAAACAUCGCCCAGAAAAAAACUACAUUUUAGCGCAUAAUAUCUUGAUGGGUCCCUUAGAAAUACUAAAUUCUUCAUUUCUAUAAUCCUGUAAACCUCAAUUAGCUGAAAAGUUUGAAUCCAAAAGCUUUCUUAUGUGAAUUUAUAAGUAAAUACUACAUGGCAAAGGUGUUUAAUGUAUCAUCUACAAAGGUUUAGUUUUGUAAAAACCAGGCUUUCCAGAAUUUUAGAAAAACAAAAUUAACCAGAACCUGAGUGAUAACUUCUUAGCAAGACAAGUCUAAGUUUGGGGGUGGUAAGAGGGACACAAGUUGACAAUAUAAUGUUAAUGCACUGUUGUUCCAGGGGUUAUAUAUUAGAAACAACUAUUAACUGUACAGUUACAAAGUGUAUACUAUCACUCGCCCAAUGGUUCUGCUAUGGUUUUCUUUCCUUUAGUUGCCUCCUUUGAAAUUAAAAUUUAUGUUUUUGUUUAUUGGAAGACAGUCACCUCUAAUUAAAAAUAAAGUUAAGGUAUUCAUAUUUCUGUGAAGAUCUAACAAAUAUUCAACCCUCUGGGUAAUUGGAGGGAAAUAUAUACCAUCAGUAUAUAUUUUCAUGAAUAAAAAAGAAAG